CUAAAGAUUGUCUUCGGUCUAUUAUGAGGAGGGUGAACCAUAAAGAUCCUCAUGUUGCUAUGCAAGCUCUGACUCUUCUAGGAGCAUGUGUAUCAAACUGUGGCAAAAUUUUUCACUUAGAAGUAUGUUCAAGAGAUUUUGCUAGUGAAGUAAGCAACGUAUUAAACAAGGGUCAUCCUAAAGUGUGUGAAAAAUUAAAGGCCCUUAUGGUUGAAUGGACAGAUGAAUUUAAGAAUGAUCCACAGCUCAGUCUAAUAUCGGCAAUGAUUAAGAACCUUAAAGAACAAGGAGUUACGUUUCCAGCUAUUGGCUCUCAGGUAGCUGCAGAACAAGCAAAAGCAAGCCCAGCUCUGGUAGCCAAGGAUCCUGGUACUGUGACUAACAAAAAAGAAGAAGAAGAUUUAGCCAAAGCCAUUGAGCUGUCCCUGAAGGAACAAAAACAGCAGUCCACCACCCUUUCCACUUUGUAUCCAAGUACAUCCAACCUCUUAACUAACCACCAACACGAAGGCCGAAAAGUUCGUGCUAUAUAUGACUUUGAAGCUGCUGAAGAUAAUGAACUUACUUUUAAAGCUGGAGAAAUUAUUACUGUUCUUGAUGACAGUGAUCCCAACUGGUGGAAAGGUGAAACCCAUCAAGGCAUGGGGUUAUUUCCCUCUAAUUUUGUAACUGCAGAUCUCACUGCUGAACCAGAAAUGAUAAAAACGGAGAAGAAGACGGUACAAUUUAGUGAUGAUGUUCAGGUAGAAACAAUAGAGCCAGAGCCAGAGGAACAAGCCUUUAUUGAUGAAGACAAAAUGGACCAAUUGCUACAGAUGUUGCAAAGUACAGAUCCCAGUGAUGAUCAGCCAGAUCUUCCGGAGUUACUUCAUCUUGAAGCAAUGUGUCACCAGAUGGGACCUCUUAUUGAUGAAAAGCUGGAAGAUAUUGAUAGAAAACAUUCAGAACUCUCAGAACUUAAUGUUAAAGUGAUGGAGGCACUUUCAUUGUAUACCAAGUUAAUGAAUGAAGAUCCAAUGUAUUCCAUGUAUGCAAAAUUACAGAAUCAGCAGUAUUAUAUGCAGUCAUCUGGUGUUUCUGCCUCUCAGGUAUAUCCAGGGCCUCAAAGUGGUACUUACCUGCUUGCAGGGAAUGCCCAGAUGAGCCAUCUCCAGAGCUAUAGUCUUCCUCCAGAGCAAUUGUCUUCCCUCAGCCAAGGAGCAGUUCAACCCUCUGCAAACCCUGCCCUUCCUGCUCAGCAGACUCAGGCUUCUUACCCUAGCUCAAUGGUCAGUUCUGUUCAAGGAAAUACAUAUCCCAGCCAGGCGUCAGUAUAUAGUCCUCCUCCUGCUGCUGCUACUGCUGAUGUCACUAUAUACCAGAAUGCAGGAACUAAUAUGUCCCAUGUGCCAAACUAUAGUUUAACAUCAUCAGCACUGCCUCAACCAGGAGGCAGUCAACAGCCACCUCAGCCACAGCAACCAUAUUCUCAGAAGGCUCUGCUAUAGGAUUUGGGAUUCCUCUUUGAUCUGCUAAAUGCCACUGACAAUGUUAGAGAUUCUUUUGAUAUCUUAAGGUUUGUUUAUCCUCAGCUUAUAGGAAUCUGUCGUGGUCAGCAAGUUCAAAUAUUCAAGAUUAUGUUGUCAAGAAGGUAGAACUCUCUUCAGUUUGCAUUGACUUUUUAGAGGUUCUCCAACCCCCCCUCUCUCCCAAAGGAAUGAAACUACUUACAACAUUUAAUUCUUUUCAUCAUAUGAAAGAAUUGAUAUAAGAUUAUUUGUCUCAUAAAAUUACCUGGUCUGCAAGAAGUCAAACUUAACAAAAAUUGUUGUGGCAAAUAUUAUGUACAUAUAUUGCUGUGUAACUUCAUUAGUGGCCAUUUUUGAAUCACAGUGGUGAUCAUGUGAAUAUAUUUAACACUGUUAAAUUAAUUUACAUUGCUAUUUUAUUUUAAUCAUGAACAACUACCAUGUUUCAUAAUGUUUUGUGUAAAUUUAAGGUAAUUACACUAUCCUUUUAAAGUGUAAGAGAACAAAGUUGUAGCAUAUUUACAUGAAAGUAUUAUAUUAGUGUUUUGGUUUUACAUUAAACUGAACUUUCCUUUUACUGAUUGUGAAUUAAACAUAUGUACAUUAUGUCUUUCUGUAGCCUCUGCAUACUACUAGCUGUCAUCACACCAGCAUACAGUAGCUAAAUUUUUGGUGCAGUUAUAACAAAUAAUGUUCCCUUUGAAACUUUUACAUUUUGGCAUGAUAUUUCAGAAUAUUGUGGGACCAUGACACAAAAUUAAGUUAGGAUCAUGUUCUUUAUAUCUUAUUUUUAAAGAAAUAAUGCUGAUUUACUUUUUCCUAGUUGAAGAUAGUAAUUAGGUUUAUAAACUGUAUACUGUGUUUAUUGGUGGCAGUGACACCAAAGAUAGAGGCAGUGGAUAGAAAUUUGUAAACUGGAAAGAAACCAUAAAUAACACUACAUUCUCAAAGUCUCUUGUAAUUAUUUAGGAUAUUAAAAAAUUGAUUCAUUUGCCUUAUCUCACUACUAGUCUUUUAAAUAUGUCUUUAACGCAUUGUAUUUUUUAAUUCUUCAUUAAAAUGGAUAUUAGCAGAUGU